CGCUCGUCCGUCAUGCGCUCCCGACACAGUCUCAUCCUCCUCCUCCUCCUCCUCCUCGGAGCAACGGGCGGCAACAGCACAGAUGCAGACUUGAGGACUCAAAUGCCCAGUCAAGAAACUGAGGAGACACACUCUAACCUUACAUUCGUGAAGCAAAGCAUAUCUCUAAUUGGGACUCCAAGUGCCUCAGUGGAAAGAAAUACGAUACUCCACAAUCCUUCUCACGUAGAACUCACCUGUAACUUUUCUGGGGAUCUAAAUUCAGUAAGAGUAAUCUGGAAGAAGGAAGGUGAACAAAUCAACAGUAGCCACAUCUUCACAAAUCAAACCGGAAAUGUCCUAUAUACGCAGUACACGUUCAAAAUCUUAAAUAGCACCCAGAUGGGAAGUUACCUGUGCAUUUUCGAAGAUGCAGAAGAACAGAGGGGCAUGUUUAACUUCAAAGUUCCUGAGGUUCAUGGAAAAGAUAAACCAUUACUCAGUUAUGAAGGGGAUUCAGUUGUCAUGACAUGUAAAAGUGAGAAUUCUGCCCCUCUUAAAUGGAUUUGGUUUAAGGCAAAUGAAAGUGGCCAGGUCCCUGUGGACACCGAAAUAAAAGAGAAGUAUGAACUCCCAAGCAAAUACGCCAACGAAACCAAGCUCAAGAUUCUGCAACUUUCAGAGCAAGAUGGAGGAUUGUACAUGUGUCAAGCCAUAUUCCCCCUGGGCGAGAGCGAAGGAAAAGUUGAUCUUAAAGUGUUGAGCUAUUUGGUACCCCUGAAACCGUUCCUUGCGAUUGCUGCUGAGGUGAUAAUAUUAGUCACCAUCAUUCUGCUCUAUGAGGUGCACACGAAGAGGAAGCAGAACACCGCAGAGGGAGAGAAAGAGUUUGAACAAAUCGAACAACUAAAAUCAGAAGAUAGCAACGGUAUAGAAAAUAAUACCACCAGGCACCGCAAGAUUUAAAUGCAUUUCAAAUAAGACUCAAACUAAAGGAAACUGUGAGUUGAAGAUUGGGAAACAUCAUUGAUCAGCAGCAAUCCCGGGAGAGUGUGUUCUGAAUGGAACAUUUAGAAAAUUUGCUACGAUUUCGACUCCGUAAGCUUGGAAUUCUUCUAAGGACGGAAUAUUUAUGCAAUAAAAACAGGUCACCAUCUCAGUGCAUAAAACUUCCUCUGUAAACGCUAUGUACUAUCUCAGUGCUUUCGAUGUCACCAUCCUAUCUAUUUCACCUGAUUUUUAAGCGAAAAACAAAUUAGCGUUUAUUCAGGUAUGCAGGUGUUGACCUUGUUUGAUCAUGUGAAAUGCCUUGGGUUUUUUUCCUAGCAUUUUCAUCUACAAUUAAAAUGACAGCAUGAUCCGAGCUUCACUUUACCCCUUUACAGUGUAGCAGGGAAGGCACCAGCAAAACUCCUCCCUGGUAGGUACAACAGAUGUUCCAUAUGAGCCUCUUUUUAACCAAAGGAAUCAUUAAACGGAAGUCUGUAUCAUGUCUGUCUCAAUCCAAGUCUAGUGUCUUCUAUGUGAUGCCUAAUAGUAACCUGAAAAAUACUGAGAUAUUACACACCAAAGACUGUAUCGUGUAUAGCUGAAUGAUAGCUACAGAAAACCCUACCUCCUGCACUUAAAAAGUUCAAAAGCCCAAAAGCUGGCUCCAUAGUCUUGGCUGUUCAUUAUGCUCAUUUUAAGUUAUCAUGCUCUCUCAAGUGUUUAGCACAGUGCUCUGUGCACCGUAAGCGCUCAGUACGUACUACUGACUGAUUGAUUCAGCCAGUGUAGUCCUAUGUGUAUAAACUGAAACCUCCUCCCCACUACCCCCUCAACCUCUAAAUCUCCACUGCCUCUCCCCUACCCCACCCAUUGUUACCUCUUCAGGACCAAGUGGUUGUUGGGUCUCGGGUUUGAAAGCAUAAAUAUAAGGAAUUUCACCCGAAGGCCUUUAUUUAUAUUAAUGUCUGUCUGCCCUUCUAGAUUGUAAGCUUCUUGUGGGCAAGGAACAUGUUUACCUACAAAAUUUAUGCUACCAGUUGGAAACACAUCUACAAAACAUAUCUGCCUACUCAGUUGUACUCUUCCCAAAUGCUUAGCACAGGAAACGCUCAGUAAAUACCAUUGAUUGAGGUGUUUAACACCGGUAGUCUUCCCUCAAGGGACACUCCCCCGAGUUGACCUCUGUCCUCAAACAUGUAGUUUUGGGAGUCACUCUUGCUUGAAUAUUGUACUCUGGCCCUGAAGACCAGGUGCUCAUGAGCAGGUAAAGUGUCUUCCAACUCUUGUACUGUACUCUUUCAAUGCUGAGUAUAGUACUCUGCACAUAGUAAGCGCUCAGUAAAUACCAUUGGUUGGAUGAAAUAUUGCCCCUGCAAGCAGGGCUAUCACACAUGUCAAAAACUAUCUUGUCAGGUUCUUGGCCAUCAGAAUAUGAGUUCAGAGUCUACUGGUAGCCCCAACUUCUCCUACCUACCAGAGCCGUUUCCCAGGUGCUAUUUUUAUCCACUCUUAAUGAUCUCUUAUAUCCGUGGCUUGUCUGAACAUCUGAAAAGUACCUGACCUCUGGAAGUUUCCAUCAAAUCUUGAUAAGUGGAUGUUUUAAAGGAUCCUCUCAUAGAACAGGCACGUGAGCAAAGGAUCGUUUUCUUUUUGGAGGAAGUCCUAAUGAUCCUAAAAUUUGUUUAAAAAAUCUGGAUCAGGUAUAAAGCCGAUCUGAUGCCCGAGUGAGAUUCACAAUGAUUGUGGAUGUGGUAUAAACCUUUGUGUAACACUUUAGGGAUUUGGUGAAAUGUUUCUAACUGAAAGCAAAAAUGGCAUGUGGAUAUUUAAUGGUCAUGUGAUAAGAUUUGGUGAUAAGGAAAAGAUUAUAUCCUAUAGAUCUCCAUUUUUAUCUUGUUUGUAUUUGAUCCGACUUUGUUGUGAAAGGAUAUUCUAAUGUGGUGGCUUGUCUUUCAUCUGAAGUACAUUGAUUGCUAGAGCUAUAAAUGAUAUACAAGGUUAAUAUUCUUCUACAUAAUGGCUCUUGAACUUUGUUUACUCUCAAAAGCCAGUCUUUGUGGUAGUUAUUCAAUGUGAUUGUUUCCGUGCAGAUGAACUAUAGACUGUAAACUCAGUCGUGGGCAGGGAAUGUGUUGUUUAUUGUUAUAGCGUACUCUCCCAAGUGCUUAGUACAGUGUUCUGCACACAGUAAGUGCUCAAUAAAUGUGAUUGAAUGAACUAUAGAAACAAAAUGUGCUACAGGCUUUAGGCUAAACCUUUGAGAGCAGCUGAGAACAUGCUGGUUCCAGUUUUGGUUUUACAGUCACAAGUGGCUUUGACCAGGUUGGGUUCAAUAGAACAGUGGCACCAGAGAAACGGAACCUUCACUGAUGUUUUAUUCUUCAUUUUAGCCGUACUUAUUUCGAACUCAGUCAAAUUAGAGUUUGUCAAAUUAGAGUUUGAACAUGUAGGAGGAUAAGUUGGAUUUAAGGUGCAGGGCCUAAGGGACUGUGGGAAGAGGAGCCAUCUGUCUUAAAAAAAGAAAAUCAGCAUAAACCAGCUUUAGGAGAUGUCGGUGUUUUAAAAAUCACAUCAUCUGAUCAUAAUAAUAUUAAUGGCACUAGAUAAACACGUGAUAUGUGCCAUGCACUGUUCUAAGCACUGGAGUAUAUACAUACAAGGUAACCAGGCUGGAUAUGGUCCCCAUGUCACAUGAGGAUCACAGUCUAAAUCAGAGGGAGAACAGGUAUCAAAUCCCAUUUAACAGAUGAGGAAAUUCAAGCACACACUGUAUGUGCUCAAUAAAUAGGAUCGAAUGAAUGAGUGAGACCCAAAUGUCUCGCCCAAUGUUCCCCAGCAGAUAAGUGGCAGAGCUGGGAAUAGAACUCAGUUCCUCUGAAUCCCACAAUGCUUUGAACAUCAAAUCUCUCUGCACAGACUAAGCACGUUCAGCAGAUAUCAUGGAGUGAGAAUAGUAAAACGAGUAUCUCCCAAUUGGCUGUUGACACUGGCAUCCCUUCUUCUCUUUCUCCAAACUUUCAAUUUGUGUCUGAUCGAGCUUUCUCACACUCUGGUACAAGGAGGUUGCUGGGAGAGAUCUCUUAUUAACCUACAACAGUGUUACCGUAGUCUUUCUCCUCUCUAGUCCAUAAAACUUGAUUUUAGAUUGUGUAUUUUGCAUUGAAAUUUGCUUUCUAUAUGUUUCUUCAAAUAGCCUACCCAGCAUAGGUGGCGGAUUCUUUUAAUUAGAAUCCAGGAUGAAUCAAACAAGAGACAUUACAGUUGAUGAGCUGGGGAUCGAGUUCAUGCAGUUUCUAAAAAUGGAAAAUUAUGUACCAGUUAAACAUAUGGGAGGAAUGACAAAUAUGUUAUUUUUGUUGCAUCUUUUGAAAAAAAUGUGCCUAUAAUCAUUGCUUUAUAACCAGGGGCUGCUAAAUGUUACAGUUGUUCUUUAUACUUGUCUUGAUUGAUGUUUUCAAUGUAGAUUGUUUAUCAAUUUCUUUGUGUAUUUUUUCAGUUAUUCAGAAUCUAAAUACCUGCUGGUUUUCCAGAUGUUUCAGUCAUAUAUACAAAGGGGUCUGUGGCAUGGAAACUGAAAAUACUUAAUAUGCAAUUAAAUUCAGUAAAACCAA